CGCAGCCUGAUCUGUUAUAUAUACCGAGGUGCGUCUCACCAAGGUUGCACAAUAGAGCUUCUUUUCUCUUCUUCAAGAAAUUAUUUUCAUCCCCUACACCAAUCAAUCUAUCAAAAAUGGCUUCUCUCCUCGGUCGUGUCAAGUGCCUCUUGUUUAACUUUGCUAUCGCUUACGUCAUCUACUUAGCUUUCUGGAAGUGCCCAGAGGACUCAUCAGCCUCUCCUUACUGCCCAAGAUUAAUCUCAACCAGAGCUGCUGUUGAAUCCCAUGAGCUUUACAUCAAGCACGUCGAACCAUUGGUCGAAGCUGCUACCCCCUUCAUCCAAAAGCAGGUUGAGUUGGGUGUUAUUGCCUACAACUACGUCCUCGAACAGUACGACACCCAUUUGAGCGAAAAGGUUGACGAGCUCGUUGCCUACGCUAGUCACCUCUUCCACAACACCGUUGUCCCACAAGCUGCCAAGGCUACCGAGGCAGCUCAGGAAGUUGCUCAGGACCACCUUGAAAAGGCCCAGGAAGCUGUUCAAGAGGUUUUUGACUUGUAAGGAAUUUCCCUGCAAAUAUCUCUCCUUCAGCACCCUUCUGAAAAUGAGCUAGGAACCUUCCCCUCUCUUCUCCAACGGUAUCUUCUAAUCUAUUGUAAAUACAUUUCGAUGUAUUUACAGAAGAACGGUUUAGCUUCAGGCCCUAUAGGCGCACUUUAGCUUUUUUCAUACCCUAUGUUUGCUAGAGCCAAGCCCCAUCGGGCUACCACUCCAGCUUGUAUAAUUAUUUAAUAUUUAGUUUAAUCUAAUCUAUCCCC